UAUGGCCGAAAAAUCGAAGCUCACUUUGUAAAAAAGAAAAUAUUGGACAUUUAGGAUAAGCAUUCUGUUGUUUGUGGCCUGAGAUCAAUUCCCAUAGGUAUUAAGUUGACUGACAUCACAUUCGAGGAUGGAUAAUCCUGUCCCACCACAGGGGGAGUCUGUUGUAGUGGAGGAACAGGUUAUUUCCAUGGAUCCACCUGCUGACCAAGUUCAAACUGAGAUAGUGAUGGCUGACCCAGUGGAAGAGUCGACCAUGGAAGCUGAGCCGGGUGUAGUGAUAUAUCCCUCUGAGAACCUGGCAGCAGAUGGUGCUGAUCUUGCCCAGUAUAGCGAGGUAGAGGCUGUUAGUAGCACAAUGCCAGCAGUGAUCAUGGCUGAGCCUCUUGCCCAGCAGGAAAAUGCAACAACACAAGUUGUACAUGUUACAGCUGGAGAAACAGUGGACAGUGCAAGCUAUGUAAUAUCUAACCAGGGUACCCAGCAGGGUCAGUGUGAGGCAGGUCUAUCCAUGGACAACGUGUCCUAUCACAUGGAGGCUCUGCCGAUGCCUGUUGUUCCUGACAUGGUAGAGGAAUCUGUAGAGGAGAUGGAGGAGGAGGCUGAUGUUGUGGAGGGAGAUAACUCUGAGGAAGCUGUAGAAGACAUUUCUCACAUGCAAGUUCUUCAUGUAACAGCAGAUGGACUUCAGGUGAUACAGAGUAAUGGUGCUGUGGAAGCAGCUGUCCAACAGACAAAUGAAGAAAUAUUAGCUGCUGAACAAAGGGAAGAUGAAGUAGAGGAGGAGAUGAUGACUGCUGAAUCAACUGACCUGACACCUGUAGAAUCUUAUACUACUGUACAAGAACCUGCAACAAAUGUGGUCCCAGUGGAGUCCUAUACUACUGAACAAGAACCUGUAACAAAUGUGGUCCCAGUGGAGUCCUAUACCACUGUACAAGAACCUGCAACAAAUGUGGUCCCCGUGGAGUCCUACACUACUGAACAAGAACCUGUAACAAAUGUGGUACCAGAUGAGUCUUAUACCACUGUACAAGAACCUGUAACAAAUGUGGUACCAGAUGAGUCCUAUACCAAUGUACAAGAACCUGUAACAAAUGUGGUCCCAGUGGAGUCCUAUACCACUGUACAAGAACCUGUAACAAAUGUGGUCCCAGUGGAGUCCUAUACCAAUGUACAAGAGGCUGUAACAAAUAUGACACCAGUAGAGUCCUUUUCAUCUGAACAACAACCAGUAACAGAGGCUGUCAUUGAACCUGAGACCUAUGCCCCCCUUGGAGAGGAACAUGUAGAAGAAGCACAACCUGUUCUUUCACAACAAAACACAGAUGAAGUGGUAGACUCUGUCCCAGUUACAGCAAAAAUAGACGAUCCUGAGCAAGAAGAGGAACCAGGAAAUAUUGUAGAGGAGGAAAAGGAGGUGGAGGAAGUUGAAAAUUUAGAGGAUGUUGAUGAAGAAGAUGAACUUAUAGAAGAAGGAGAUGUGAAGAUAAUUCAGUUAAACACAGAGAAUGCAUUGGAAGAGGAUGGGGAUGACAAUGAACCAGAUGUGCUUGAAAAUGAGGAAGAAAAAAUACUUGAAAAGGAAGAAAAAAUGCCUCAAGAUGAAGAUGAAACGAAUGAAGAUACUCUGUUUGGAAAGAGGGAUACUCCAACUGCGUCAGUGAUAGAUCCAAGUACAGGUGCCACUAUAGAAACUCUGAAAUGUGAUGAUGGUGGAACAGUAGACGUAACAUACAAUGUUGAUGAUGAUGAUGAUGAUGAGGGUGAGGUUGAGCCACUACCAGGACCUGAUGAUGAUGAAGAUGAAUAUGAAGAAGAACCAGAGGAAGAAGAGGAGGAAGUGCAAGAUGAAGAACAGGAAGGUGAACAAGAGGAAGAGAUCAUGGAAGUAGAGGAAGAAGUAGAGCCAGAGGAAGAGGAGGAAAUCGAAGAAAAGAAGGUGCCAGCAAAACGUAGGGGACGACCGUCAAAAGUAAUGGAGGAAGCUGCAGCUAGUGCUGUCAAAUCACGCAGGAAGUCUGCUUCUGCUGUUGACACUCCCGAGAUAAAUACACCAGGCAGAAGGGGUAGUGUAGAAGUGGAAACACCAGAAGUAAAACGCGGAAGAGGAAGACCCGCCAAGGAAACACCAUCUUUAGAUACACCAGAAUCAAAAAGAGGAAGAGGAAGGCCAGCUAAAACUGUUAAACAGGAAGCGGGUGAAGAAGAAACUCCAGAGCUUCCAAAGAGUGGUCGUAGAGGUAGACCACCAAAAGAGAGUGCUGAUACAGUUACAACACCAGAGAAAUCUAGAGGAAGAGGACGCCCUUCAAAAGAAGCCAAAACAGAGGAAACUCCAGAAGUUAAAACGCCAGGAAGGAGAGGAAGGCCAAAAAAGAAAGAAGUUGAAGUAGAAGAAGAAGAGGAGGAAGAGGACGAAGAAGUUGAGGAACCAAUUUCUAUUCCGAGGGGUAGAAAAGGUAAAUCACAAGAAGCAGUAACACCAAGUUCAAGUAGUGAACCCAAGAAGAGAGGAAGACCUCGAAAAGAAGAGGAAGACGCUCCUACACCAAAGAGUAGGGGAAGAGGUAGGCCUAAAAAGGAACAGGUUGUUGAGAUUGAAGAGGAAGAAGAGGAGGAUGAAGAUGAAGAAAUGGAAGAAGAGGAGGAAGUUGUCGAAGUUAAGAGAAAACGUGGGCGGCCGUCAAAAUCUAGUACACCAGUUAGAAUAGAAACACCAUCAGCUGGAAAAGGAAAAUCAAAAGAAACCAUCACCAGAAGUAAACUUGCUGAAGAAGAAGAUUCUGACAAAUCUAAACGGAGGUCAGGUAAAGGAAAACAAGUUGAGGAUGAAACUGAAGAAGAGUUAGUAAAAUCUCCAGGAAAAAAGGGCAAGGGAAAGAAGAAAGAGGAUGAAGACAAAACAAGAAGGACACCUGCUGCAACAGCUACUGUCACUCCUGUCACUAAGAAACGAGGAAGGGGUGCAGAUGAAGAAUUUCAGGAAGAUGAGGAAGAAGAGGGUGUUGUAGUAGCUGAAGUGGAGACACCUGCUAGAAAACGCAUGAAAAAUAGUGAAAGUGUGCAGACAAUGUCUGAUGCAUCAACAGAGGCCGGUAAAGUCACUUUGCAUAGAGUAAAACAGGAGCCUAUGGAUGAUGACAAACAACAAUUGAAAAUGAAGACAGUCAUAGUAAGAGAGGAUCAGGGAGACAUCUAUAGUAUUGACCAAAUUGAUGAGGAUGAACCUAUGGAAUCUUCACUUGCUGGGCCAAAUACACCUGUAGCACCUUUUAUUGAGGUGGAAACUAUUGAAGAAUCACCUGGAAAGAGAUCAGUUCUGACCCAGACUGAUCCAAAACUGAAGAAAAAAAAAUUUGGACCGCUCGGUUUAGAAAUGGAUUUAAAUGGAGAGGAAAAGUCUCCACGAAAAAGGAAAAAGAAAGAAGAAGAUGUUGGAAUGUUUGAAGACCUUGAACCAAAGAGGAGAUCUGUUAGGAACACUGAGGAGGCUUUGAAUUGUCCCUUCUGUGAUAAAGCGUUUAUUGGCCUUGUGAAGCACAUCAAGGGUAAGCACAGGGACGAGACAGACUAUGAGGAAGAAAUGAGGAAUGCCAAGUGGAGAGAAAAGAUAAUGAAGGUGUCAACACAAGGUGCUGAAGAAGAUGGUGAGCAGUGCCAAGAAUGUGGCAAAACCACUAAGAAUAUCAAACGUCACCAAGAACUUCACCAACAGAACCGCAUGCAAAUACCUUGCCCAAUCUGUGGCAAAGUGGUUCUCAAAACUGGUAUGAGCUCCCAUAUGCGUACUGUGCACUCAGGUCGCCGCCCAUACAAGUGUCCACACUGUGAUUACUCAUCUGCAUUCCGUGGAAAUCUGAACACCCAUAUUAAGGGCAUGCAUCUCCAUACUCGCCAAUAUCUCUGCAAUACAUGCAAGGCUGCAUUCAAGACACUCGGAGCUCUGAUCGGUCACACCAAACGUGUUCAUGAAGGAUGGAAGUCUCCUAACCAGAAGAUCUUUAUUUGCUCAGUUUGUGAGAAACGCUUCACUAAGAAAUAUCAUGUAGAUAGGCACAUGUUGAUCCACACAGGAGAGAAGCCGCACAAGUGUAUAGACUGUGGACGAUGCUUCAAUAAUAAGUCCAAUCUUAUGUCCCACAUUCAACUGGUGCAUAAAAAACUGUCACCCUACCAAUGUGACAUGUGCCAGGAGACUUUCAAGCGCAAGAAGCUCCUGUUGGAGCACAUUGGCAAAGUCCAUGUCACUGCUGGGGAAGCUGCACAGGCUAUCAUUCGCAAGUUUGAACUUGAAGAGGACUCUGAUGAUGAACUUGAUGAUGAGGAUAUGGAUGAACAGGGUGCAGUUGCACAAGUUGAAAAUGUGCAUCUGGAGGAAGAUGGUCAGACGUAUGUAACAGUGUCUGGGAAUGAUGGUGCCUACACGACAGCAGUGGUCAGUGACACAGCUCAACUACUGGCAGGACAGGGACUGACCACACUUCAAACUGAGGGUGGACAGGAGACCAUCAUCAUUGUCCAGACUGCUGAUGGUGGGGAAAAUGCAACACAUGCCAUUGUGGACCAGGAUGGUACUGUACAGUAUGUCAUGCAACAGCCCAUGGAUGCAGGAGCUGAUGGUGCGCAGCUGUAUGCUCAGAUACAGCAGGGCACAGUGUGAAGUCUUUAAGUAUUUGAUAAUUUUUUUUUUUUUUUUUUUUUUACAAUUUCAAAGGAUCAGUGGUAUUAGCACACCAUAGACAGUGAUGAAGAAGUUGUUUUCCUGUAUGAUGGUAGUGUUACACAAUCACACAAACAAUAUGAUUUUAUGUCAUUAGUGGAUAUAUGCGAAUAAUAGGGAUUCUAAAAUGUUUUUUUUUUUAGAGUCAAUACUACAAAAAAAGACAGUUAACAUGGACGUGGUAUAAAGAUGACAUAUUUAUAUCAUUAGAAGAUCUAUCAACAUAUUAAUAAGAAUUCUAAAAUGUACAUUUUUUUACUGUCAAUACUAAAAAGACAAAAAAUCCAAUUUUCAUAUUGAUCUGUACUGACAAUUAAAAUUUGAUAUGCUCUCAAUUUAUAAUGCUCCUUUAAAUUUCCCUUAAUUUUAUUUAAAAUGCUUUUCUUAACUUUGGCAUAAAAGGAACUUUAAUAUCUUUCAGUUCAUAAUUUUUUUUAUUAAAGCCAAUCGUGCAUGAGGGUUACUAACACCAGGCAUAUAGAAUUAUGUAAGAUUUUCUUUCUUAGCAAUUUUUUAUGGUAAUUUUUUAUUUAUGAAAGUUACUCUUUAUGAGAUUUUUGUAAGCAUAGGCCAUGAGUACUUUCAUUUAGUUUUAAUUCAAACAUUUGUGUCUCAAUUUUUGUUAUCUUUCUGAAGAUUUGUGAAGUGUGAUAUCAAACUUUAAUUUAUAUUUACAUAACUCUGAAACUGGAAACCUUUCAAUUAGUUUUUUAUUAGGUGAAAUAUUUCUGACUGUUUGAAUUACUCGUACAUGUUGAUGAGUAUAUAAUGUACAUUAUCCAUUUUCUGAAAUGAAAUAACACCAGAAUUAAAUUGUUCUCAAAGAAUUUUUUAGAGUAGGUACAUGAAUGUAACUGGUAGCUUUGUCAGCUUUGCUGUGAACAUUUUUUUUUUUCAAAACCAUUCACCACACUCAAGAUCUGAUAAGCUAUUAUAGAUUUCAAACCAGUGAAUUUUAAUUAUGGUAAACUCUUAGAAAAAAGUUGUGAAAGGCUAACUCUCCAUUAGAAAUGUUUGUUGGUAGCCAGCUCAAUAUAUUUUUAAGUCAAGAUGUCUCAAUAUAUAAGUUAAUAUUAGCUUUGUUCAUUUUUAUUUUAAGGAAUUCUUAUUUAUUCAUUCAAGAUGCUUGUUUCUGUAAUGUCAUCAGCAUCCCAUUCCUAUCUGAUUCAUGACAGUGCAGAGUGCAAAAGACCACACUCAUCAAAUAGUCAUUUAUGUUGAAUAAGUAUCAUUUUUCUGUUGUCAAUAUGCUGUAAAUCUUAAAGAUUAUAAUAAGUUGUUUUUAAUGUUGUUGGAGUCUAUGUCCUGUCUAACAGCUUCAGCACUAAAACUGACUUUCAAUAUGAAGGAUUGUGUGUUAAGCAUUAAAAGCAGCUUCAGAAAGUUUUGAAAGAUGUUGGAAAUUGUGGGGAAAAUGAGUAUCUGUUGUUUUGGUGAUACCCAAGAUAUCUUUCCAGGGUACAGGUCUUCAAAGCAUAUCAAGACCUUCAUCACAAUACAGAUUCUCUCUGCUUCUGUCACUGAUUUAGAUUUUUAGUACUUUUACAUGUCCAAGUCAAAUUAGAAAAGUCUGGUGUUAGUUGUUUAGAAUGCUAUAUAAAUGUAAUGUGUUUCCCAUUCGAAAUAUACGGAGAUGGCUGGGUGGAAAGCACACAAUUGAGUAGUGUUGUAUUAAGUGUGUUUCUUGUCAAGCUUGACGUAGUGACUUGAUGUGUUGUAUAUAUGGUAACAUAAAUCGUUGAGCUGUGAAAGGUGGAUGAAAUGUUUUUGUGGAGAUUGAAGAAUGAGGAAAGAUUUUGUAGAAUGUCGAAAACGAAUGAGAUUUUAACAAGAUAAGCUGACAUUCUGAAAUAUAUAUAUCCAGAUUUUAAGAGAACCCUUUUGUCAAAUGAAAAGAUUUUAUAACAACAGAUUAAUUCACACACCCUUGUAAAGAACAAAGAUUGUUGAGGACGAAGCUGCUUAUUUUACAUUACGUUGUAUUUGCACAAUGUUGUACAGUGAAUUAGAAAAUUUGAAGUCUCUUUGGCAUAUAUAUUGUUAUUGUUAAGCUUGCAUGUGUGGAAACUUUAAAAUAUUGUUGGCAUGCAGUGUCGUACAAAAACUGUAGCACGGUGUCAGGAAGUAAACAGAUGUGGAAAAGAAAGAUUAUGAUAGUGAGUUGUGAUUUUGACAAAGUGUAUCGUGAGACUACAGGCAUUUACAUCCGAUGUGAGAACAGGGCCUGGUUUCAUAUCUUUAUUUUAAAUUUCAAGAUGUUUCUGCAGCAAACUUUUCCCUUUGGGGAAAAUUGAAAUUCAGAAAAGAAAGGAUGUGAAAUAGAAUCAGGGCCUGCAGAAUGUGGGUUUUCUCUUGAUGUAUGCAACUAAUAUGCAUGGAAAUAAAGAUGAAAGAACUAGA